AUGUUAAUAGUCAUUCACAGAACUUUAAGAGAAGGUGAUCCUACGUUCAGAGAAGAGCUUCUAAACUACUCUCACAGAAGACACACUCUCAGAAUCUCUAACUUCAAAGACGACACAAGUCCUCUUGCUUGGGAUUGCUCUGGUUGGGUUAGAACAUACGCGCUUUUUCUUGAAGAGCGGCUUGAAUGUUAUCGCGUCUUAAAGUAUGAUAUAGAGGCAGAGCGUUUGCCAAAAGCUUCAGGUGCAGCUUCCAGGACGCAUAGGACAAGGAUGUUGUCUGGUGAAGAUCUGUUAGAACAGUUACCUGCUUUGCAACAGCUUCUUUUCCGGCUUAUCGGAUGUCAAAGAAGAUAUCUUCCUUAUUUGUUUUCAGUUUUGCAGCCUGAAGGAGCAGCUUAUAGCAACUAUCUAAUCCAUUAUGCUCUUGCUUUGGUGCUUAAAGAAAGCUUCAAAAUCUAUUGUGCUAUCAAUGAUGGAAUCAUUAACCUUGUUGACAUGUUCUUUGAGAUGACAAGGCAUGAUGCAGUUAAAGCUCUAAACAUAUACAAUCGGGCUGGUCAACAGGCUGAGAAUCUUGCUGAGUUUUAUGAUUACUGCAAAGGGCUAGAGCUCGCUAGGAAUUUUCAGUUCCCAACAUUAAGACAGAUCUUGUUUCAGCCUCCUCCAUCGUUUCUUGCAACAAUGGAAGAGUACAUUAAAGAAGCACCUCAGAGUGGUUCUGUACAGAAAAAGCUGGUUAUCCUUAUCUAUAGGAUUCCCUUUCCUAAUACUCCCCCUCAGGUUGGAGAGUGA